GAAAUGAAUGACGGGUUUAUUAACAAGUUCAGUAGUCUAAGAGUUAUAGAAACAGUACGAAGUUUUUUUUCUGUAUUUAAAACACGUUUAUAUGUGAUUUGGGAAAUAAAACUAUAAUAAUAGGAACCGCAGCAGGGAUGCAUCGUGUAGAAUCCAGAGACUCGUCUACUGAAGGAUUGCCCCGAGCGUUUCUGCAAAGCUUACGUACGUUGUUCGACAUACUUGAUGAUGGGCAUCGAGGGUCGGUGCAUAUUUCGGAGAUUGAGUCUCGAUGGCAGCGAGGCACAGAAAUUGGUGAGGAGUUACCCCAAGGCGUGUUGGACGGGCUGCGGAAGGUAGUACCCGGCAAUGGGUAUCUGACUUUUGAGAAGUUCGUGGCGGGACUGCGACACUCCUUGCAGUUGGAAUCGGUCUCUGGACGACAGCGGAGCCGAGCUAGUAGCUUAAGCGCACUCCCCUUUAGGAGUAGGAAAGAGAACGCCUGGGUCAAGCCUCGAACUUCAGCCCCACAAGUGCUAGAUGAAGACAGAGUCAAACGUCAGCAGUGUGACUUGCAGCAUUGUCCAGGACACGGAACAUCAGCUUGUGAACUGAACGGGAAGGAGAAGAAGCCUUCUCCUCUUGGUGUGAGGUUUAUGAAUGGGGAUCAUGAGGAAACACGCGUGAGAGUGGACAGACAGCGUGGGUACCAUGAACACAACACCGGCCGACAGCUGGAGCUGUGCCGUGCCAAGCAGCUCAAGAGUCUAGCAGAUCGGAGACUAUUAGAUGCGCUGAUUCAAGAACCAGCGCAGGGAUCGCGUCCCCGAGAUGGUGAAGGCAAAAGCAUGGGGCGGUCUCAGAGUGAGAGUAAUUAUAUGGCAUUGGCAGAUGUGCACCCACAGUGUCGCAGUGGAAGGGUCGAGGUCAGAAGGCAUACUAUCACUAGUGGUGUGGACUACUGUAUGCUGAAGAGGAUGAAGGAACUGGAGCAGGAAAAGGACUUCUUAGUCCAGGGCCUUGAGCUGGUGGAGUGGUCCCGGAAUUGGUACCUACAACAAAUCCAGAAUGUGCAAGACCAGCAGAAGUAUAUGGGAAAGAACCCUGCCAAAAAGGAUUCCUGCCCAGAGAGUAACCCUAUCCGUUUGGCUGGCGUACUUCCGAAGUUACAAGAGGUGAACCGAUGCCUUGGUGACUUGUUUGCAUGUACUGGAAAGCCGUUAAAAUCCUCUCCAGUGGCAUCAAAUGGAGGUCCUUCCACAGCACCCACAUCUGCGCCCUCUGAAAGUCAUCAGCAGGCUAUCAACAUGUUGAAGGAACAGAAUAGACUUUUAACAAAGGAAGUGACUGACAAAAGUGAGAGAAUCACACAGUUGGAGCAAGAGAAGUCUGCACUCAUUAAGCAGCUAUUUGAAGCCCGUGCAAGAAAUGCUCAUGACAGCAGCCAACUGGACUCUACAUUUAUCUAAACUCUAUUGCCUGGCUAACAGUAACUGUAUCUGUGGUGGAAUUACAGUACAAGGCAUUACUGCUUAUACCAGGAGGGCAGUAAUUGGUCUGUAUUUGCAUAUUCUUCCCAUGACUUGUGCAAAUAUGUUUUGCAAUGAAGCUUGACGUUUUAAUUUUGAGUGAGGUCCAACCAGUAAUCAGAAGAGCUGGUUCUGGAGGGAGAGUUGUUACAGGGUAACUUGUAAUCAUAAAUUAAAUUUUUUAACCUUCUGUAUUCUCACUCCAUUGGUAAGGUUUACAUUUUACUUGUUUGGCGCUAUAGACAAAAAUGUUUAUUUACUAAUGAUUGCUCUAUUCAGUCAAGAAAAAGAUUGCAUUGUGUCAUGGCAUUUUGUCAUGGAGGUCUAAUGUUCCAAAACAUAAUAGAACUGAAGUGUAAAAGGAUGCUAGUGCUCUUGUGCCUUAUCAAGGAAAACUAGCUGAAGAUAUUGCAGCAUCUUCUGUGCACAUCACAACAUGGGUGUGCCAUUUUAUGCACAAGCCAAACAGGGGUGGGAAUACCGCAUCAGUAAAGAGGACUUUGAUGUCUAAAUGCUCCUCCUUGUUUAUUUCGAGUCAUGGAUCAGCUGAAAAUUCAUUGGAGAGCAUGCUGGUUUACCUACACUGGUGCAUACAGUAAUCCUAGUGGCGUAGUAUAGACAAAACUGUCCUUUUAUCUCUACCUUGCGGAGACCGAUGUGAUGCUACACUUCAUUCAGCUGAUUCUUUUCCUCCAGGAGAAAAAUACACAUUUGGGAGUUAUUAAAGCAGCUGCAACACAGUUUAACUCCUCUCUGAAAUAUUCUGCACAGUUGUGGAUCAGAAGAAUAAGUCCUCUGUUAAGUCUUGGUUACAGAUAUCAGUAAGCUGAGUUAAAAUGAGUCUUGUUUACUACUCUGUUUAGUUACUCUGGUACUUUGGGAAUAUUUUUUCAGUGAUUUAAAUUGCAAGUAGACUUUAAUACAAGCCUCUGGUGCUCUUCUAAGUUAGAACACCUGGUUGUAGCACAAAGAUCUUCUUCUUCAGAUGCACUUUUACACAAUUUUCUUGUUACUUGCCAUUUCAUUAUGUGCAAGCUUUUAAACUGUAUUUGUUAUACUAAUGGGGGACUAACAGGGUGUCUUAGUGGUGCUAUGCAAUACACCACCUUUUAGUCAUACUGCCAGGCAGUGAUCGGGUUUGUCAUUUUAUUGCCGAAGGCAGUCUACAGGUUCGAUUUACGUAUUAAUGUAUUAAUGCAGAGGUUUUUGACUGAAGUGCUGUGUUUACCAAAUAUCGGUACAUUUUUGAUGAACUGCAGUAAGUUUUACUGAUAUGUUACUGUUUUUAAUAUUUAUAUAUUUGCACUCCAUUUUGUGAAUGUGUUAGUUUAUUCUUAAGCCAUUCCUUGUCAGAGUGAUUUUUCUUCUGCGCUAAAACGUAUGAGCUUAGAAACUAAAGUUGAUUUAGUCCAAUUUGCAGAGCCUAAUGCACACCUUUAAGUAAAGAUGUUAUGGGAACACAAUUGUAAUUUUUCAUCAGAAAUCAUUCAGGUUGAUUUGUUCCACCCUCAAAAAUCUGCAUCCUCAUACUUCACUUUUGAGUGUUUAGGGACUACAUUUUUGAUUUGAAGGUUAAUUUUGAUCCAAAGGCUAAAAAUGGGACUCCCUUCCUUAACAGUAGGACUAAUUUUGAGUUUGCAGUCUCUGUAUUGCUUUACUUCCUGUACGCAGAGCAAGCUUAAAACAACCAGAGAUCCAAAACAGCUUGCCAUUGUAACAGAUGCAUUUCAGGUGUGGGGAAUUUACAUUCAAUAGAACUAGGAUCACAUGUUUAAUGGAAGUGUGUGUUGCAUGCCAUUGCAGUAUCCAGGUUCACAUUGUAUGCAUUAUCAUGUGUCAGUGGUAAUAUCAAAACACAUUUUUAUCAUGAGAUGGUCACUUGAAACUAAACAUCAGGAAUGCAGCUUGAGAAAUCUUAUCACCAGUGGUAUAGCCAAGAUGCUUGGAUUUGUGCAUCAGCUUCCAUACACUGGAACUUCCUUGUGUUUUUCUGCAAAGUUGAAUAACUGCUCUUUCUCUGUUAUAUAUUGUCAAAAUUAAAUUGAGGCCACAGAUAUACUAAAAUUAUUGCUCUGGAAGCAAUUGUUAUCAGACCGAGACUGUUUGUAAUAAACAAAUAUCAAUUACUCUGGG